AUUGCGCGCGGGAGGUCUAGAAAAACGCUUUUGCGGACAAGUCGCGAAUUGUCGGCUAGCAAAUCAGGGAGAUUUCUGAGCGACUACGAGUUACACCGCGCGUUGUCCGCCUACCAGUCCGUCUUCUUUAUCGUCGAUUCUCUGCGUACUGUGAGAAGAAACGCGUGAACAAAGACGUAUACGCGUCUGAUAUAUUUUCGAAAUCAUGCGCGCGUAUAUUGAAGAUUGAUAUUGACACGGUGAUCGAUAAUAUCGAAAAAAAAAACCGAAAAAAACGGCGAAUUUAAUAGUAUCGGCGAGUAUCGGUCUCUACCGCGCAGAGAAGAGUGAUAAGGACUUAUUUUCCGCGCGAUGAUUUGUUUUAGCAUGCACGAUUGAUAGCGUAUUGAAUGAACUCGCGCAUGUGGACCACCGGCGUGCCGCGGAUCGACUUGUCCGAGAAAAAGACAAACAAAGCGCUUUUGUUGAAAAAUCGUGGACGCGCCUUCAAGAAGAAAGACGCGUUUGCCUUGUCUGCCAGUGUGGUAGAGAGAAGAUCGCCGCGUGAGUUUGCGAUCGUCUGGCAGAAUGAAGCGAUAUUUCAACGGCACAACAAUGUCGACGAUAGCUAACAAAACAGAAGAGCGAAUCUUCGAUACGAGCAAAUCGCAGCAAAAUAGUCGCAACUGCAACAAGACUGAGGAGCUGCAGCUCGAGGACAUUAACGACAAUAACAAUGAUGAGACCAUCGAAGUGGAAAUGGUGGUACCACCUGACGGAGGAUGGGGCUGGGUAAUCGUCGCAGCCUCUUUCAUGUGCAAUCUUUUCGUCGACGGUAUCAUCUUCAGCUUCGGCGUAUUCCUGAACGAGAUCGCGGAUGCAUUUUCCAUAUCGAAAGCGAGAGUCGCGCUCGUCGGCUCAUUACAAACUGGAUUUUAUCUCAUGGCUGGUCCCUUCGUGUCCGCCCUCGCCAACCGAUACGGAUUUAGGCUGGUGGCGAUAUUAGGAAGCGUGAUAAGUUGCAUCGCCUUCGUCCUUUCGUAUUUCAGUACCUCUAUCGAAUUUCUCUACAUUUCUUAUGGCGCUAUCGGCGGUAUCGGUGCGGGACUGAUAUACGUGCCAGCCGUAAUAACCACCGGAUUUUAUUUCGAGAGAUGGCGGGCCUUAGCUACAGGUAUCGCGGUAUGUGGCUCUGGUAUCGGUGCAUUUUUACUUGCGCCGAUUUCUGAUAUACUCAUAAAGAAUUUCGGCUGGAGAGGAGCUCUGUUAUUUCAAGCAGGCAUGCUGCUAAAUUGCGCUAUAUUCGGCGCGAUGUUCCGUCCUUUGAAACCAACGCGGAUUAAGGUGAAGAACACCCCGGAAAACGCCGCGCUCGAGGUAAAAACCGCGUUGAUGGGAAAGGGUGUGUCAACGACCUCAUUACACUGCGUGCCACCGAACAGAAGCGGUUUCUUCGGCACGAAUAAUAACACGGAAUAUCCGACGGCAGCGGAACUUUUCGGAAGUAACCCUAAUAUAAUAAUAAACGCCUCCAAGUCCUUGUACUCGCUGCACAAGGUGCACGCGGAGACGCAGACUUUGGAGAGGACGGUGAGCAUUUCGGAGAAACGGCUAUCCGUGCCGAUAUAUCCUGACUUGGAUGUUGUAAAUAACGAAGAAAAGAUAGCCGAAGAGAACAAUCUGCUCAGCGGCGACUUGGAACGAUUAAAUGGAAAAGUACCAACGAUCCGCCGUCAUACAAUUAGCGGAAGGCGCCUUCGAACGGAUUCGGAAUGCAGUCAAAAAUCUCUUAGAAUAGGCAAACGAAAUCCAAAAGAUCCGCAGAGACCGUUUUAUAGAGAUGAUAUUUUUUAUGGUGGAUCUUUGAACAGACUUUCUCAUUAUAGAUCGCAGCAAUCAUCGGUCGGGUACCACAUGUCAGUAACGCGACUGCCGACGGCGACGGAUGUGGCCGAGGAGGAGAGUGGAAGUUGUUACCUGUGUCCGGAAAGCGUGCGACGAAUUCUGACCACGAUGCUAGAUUUAAGUCUUUUAAAAAGCCCUUCCUUUCUAAUACUAGCGAUUUCUGGCGGCCUCACCAUGAUGGGCUUUUAUACGCCUUUUAUGUACGUGCCAGAUCGAGCCAUAAAGGCUAACAUCGACGCUUCUACAGCCAUGUUUCUCGUUUCGGUGAUUGGUAUCGGUAAUACUAUCGGUCGUAUCGUUUGUGGUUUAGCAAGCAGCUUGCCUGGAGUCAAUGCUCUAGUCGUGAAUAAUAUGUUUAUCAGUGUCGGUGGUUUGGUAACAAUAUUGUCCGGCAUUUCUCUGACGGAGGGAUAUCAGUUCUUUUAUGCAGCCAGCUUUGGCCUCAGUAUAUCUGUCUUUGCUUCUUUGAGAUCAAUUCUCGUUGUGGAUCUGCUCGGUUUAGAAAAACUGACAAACGCUUUUGGACUUCUUCUUCUGUUUCAAGGCGUGGCAGCGACUGUGGGCGCACCUCUCGCAGGUGCGUUUAUGGAUGCGACUGGAAGUUAUGACGCCUCGUUCUAUUUAUCCGGCAGCUUGAUUCUCAUAUCAGCUGUGAUUUGUUACCCGCUAAAAAGAAUCAACACAUGGGAAAGGCGUGGCGAAAAGAAUCCAGUUCCGACGGAUCUCUCCGCGUCCUGAUUGAAGACGCAAAACUAUGCUACACUCAAUAUACUUCAUGCGCGUGCUUAUAUGCGUUGUACAUAUUAAUGCAUAAUUUAGCAUGCGUUCGAACCGAGAAUGUAAUUAUAUUGUAUACGCUCACGCCACCGAAUGAGUCAAAUAAGAAACAAUCGAUCUCAUAGGCGCGAUUGAUCACGAGUCCUUAAAGCUUCUUGAAACAGAAUCCAAUCUUGUGCUUGGAAAAUGUGUUUCUUCUUAUAAGAAGCGAAUACGCGAAAAAAAGUGCCUUUGAUAUGCUUGUGAGCCGCACGACGACGAAACUUUGAUCGUUUCCUUUGUUUCCUUAACAGAAUCCUAUUUCAUGAAAUGAUAUAAUAAUUUUAUCAUUAUGUAAUUAUAAAUUUCUAGUAAGGGAUCUAUGCAUUCCGUUGAACAAUGAUUCCAAUUUUCUAAUAUCGUAUAGAUUGUUUUUCUUUUUUUAAAGUAAUAAAAAAUAGUUAUAAAGUUGAAUUUUAUGAACUUUUAAGUUUUUAUAAAAAUAGAAAAUUACUUUUACGCAUAUACGCAUAUACACUCUGUUGAUCUCUAUAAUUACUCGUUCUAUUACUUUCUAUCUAUUAACAAAGAAUAAAUUAUAAAAAUAUGAUAAAAAAAGCCAUUUCUCAUGAAGUAGGACUUAGAUUCGAUUACAUUUACGUCUUCAUUAAAUAUCAACAAGUGUAAGAGACAAGAUGUUUGUGUCUCAUAUUUGGUGCAAAAUUUAAUUAUAAAAAAUUUUUGGAAUUAAGUUAUUAUUUAAAUCAUAUUAUGCAUAACUUUCGGAAAACUUUCAUUUAAAUUGUUAAUUUACUAAUUCACUAUUAAGCACGAGUCGCGAAUAACAAUAUGAAAUUAUUAAAGUAAUUGUGACAUCACACUUGACUACUACUUAAUAAAAAAAUGUUAGUUAAUAUAAUCACCAUUUAAAUAUAAUAAUAAAAAUAAUAUUUAUUAUUAUUUCUGUUUAUAAAAUUAUAAUUAAAUUGUAAUUAAAUUUGUAAUUUAGUUAUAAAAAGGAUAAUAUUAUUAGUCUUUUUUUUUUAAUAUGUAUUAUUUAAAAUAAUAGUAAAAAGAAUAAAAUAUUGCUAAUAAUAUAAUAAAAAUUAUUUAGCUAAUAAUUUAUUUAAUAGACGAUCAACAUUGCAAAAAUUGGGAAUUAAAUAUCGUUGAAAGUUGUAAUGUCACGAUUAGCUUAAAUGAAACAACAAUACAAACAGGAAAAGAACAUUAUCUUAAUCGACCAUACUUUCGGCAACAAAAAUUUUACGAGAAAGUAGGAUGAUGUGAAAAGAUCGAAUUUGUUACAAAACAGUUGUUAUAAUUUGUAUUUUUAUAAAGCCAAUUUCUUUUCCUUUCUCGCAAAAGAAGAGAGAGUUAAAUAAUGUAUAUUUUAAUUAUCAUAUGAUAUUUUAAUUAUAAUAAAGUGCAUAUUUUAUUUUGCAUCUUGUCGACCUUAUAAUUGUCAAAUAUAUUAUGCUGAAAUGCUGCCAGGUAUGCAUCACAUAAUUCUUUUAUAACUUUUUUGUAAACAUCUACAUCAUUCAUUUGUGUAUAUGCCAUAAGUAAAAGUUAAGAAAAAAAAACAGAGAGAGAGAGAGAGAGAGAGAGAGAGAGAGAGAGAAGUGUAUAUAUGUAUAUUGCAUAUUACGUUACAUAUGAUGUCUAUUAUGCAUGUAAUCUCUUUUUCACAAAACGUGCAUUUUUUCGAUAUAAAAGUUAUAUAAAAAGACAAUGUAUCCAUCUAUUUUUAAAACUAGCUAAAUCUUUAAUUAUAAAACCCGUAUUUACCGGUGAACUAUUUUUGUAAAACUCAAUUUUGCAAUGACAUAAUUAAAAUUGUGUAUUUUUUUAUACAGAAAAAUUACUGCAUUCAAAUGACUGAUCUUUUUAUUAAAUAAUUUUGUAAAUGCGUUUUUGUAUUCUUAACAUUAUUGACACGUAAAAAAUUACGAAGAAUUUAUGCAGUUUUGCAAUUAAUCAACUCGAAUCAGUUGUUGCAUGACGUUCUCUCCAUUACAUGUAAGGAAGUUACUCAAAAGUAAAAUGCGUUCCUAAUGUUCCUAAUUAUUAAUUCAAGUAAUAAAAACGUACAUCUUAUGUAUAUUAUUUUUAUAGAAUCAUGUGUGCAAAUCUUCGAAAAUGCAUUAUGCGGAAUUCGAAGAAUUUAUGCUAAGAUAAAAUAAUAUUAUUGAUAAAAUAUCAUGUAUAAUAAGUUUAAAGAUUAAAAUACGUUAAGAAAAUUAAAUUCAUAAUAUAAUUGUA